AUGGAGAUAUUUUCUCUAAACAAAAUGACCCUCUUUCUCAGAUAUUUUUACACUUCAGUAUGCUUGAUUUUGCUCCUCUCAGCACUUUGCUACUGCCAACAAAAUUUCUCUUCAAGAGCCUCCUAUUACAGAACAAAUGACGAAAUGGGUACUACAAAUGGAGCGUGUGGCUAUGGCGAAUAUGGAAGAACCACCAACGACGGUCAGGUUUGCGCCGUCUCCACUCGGCUUUUCAAGAACGGUGCUGGUUGUGGAGCUUGUUAUCAGGUGAGGUGUAAGAGCAGUGGAUUAUGCAGUGAAGUGGGAGAAAAAGUAAUGGCGACCGACUACGUAGAAGGGCAGGAAACAGACUUCAUUCUGAGCUACCGCGCUUACACAGGACUAGCGAAGCAGCCAAGGAUGGCGGAGUUUCUGAGGGAGAAAGGCGCCGUGGACGUGGAAUUCCGCCGGGUUUCUUGCAAUUCCGCCGCCAAACUCAGGGUCAAGAUCCACGACAAUAGCCAGUACCCUCACUACCUAUCCAUUCUCCUCACCAACCAAGGCGGUGCCACUGACAUCUUCGCAGUUGAGAUCUACGAGGAAGAAACGUAUGAAUGGAUAUCGAUGAGGAGGGCUUUCGGGGCAGUAUGGGACCUGGCCAACCCACCCAGCGGAGAGCUGAAGGCGAGGUUUCUGGUGAGUAGCAGCGCUGCGGCGAAAUGGGUGGAGUCAGAAAAGGCAAUAAUUCCGGCGGAGUGGAAAGCUGGGCUCACCAUUGAGACAAACAUUAAACUUAAUUAA